CAAGCGGCUCAAUGAAGAGGGAAGAGGUGACAGAGUAGAAACCUUCGCUACGGAGCAUCAAAGGUGCAGGGAAAGUUAUUCUCUGCUUUUUAGGGUACUUUCUAACAUUGGGAGUAUCGUGAAUCUUCGUAUACAUGUUGGAUAUUACUGAGGAAAUAUGAUGGAUGUACAACGCGUCUAGCAUUGUAUUUGAGAAUUCAGCGCAGAAUGCGCCAUCAUUGAUUUGCUUUAAAUUGCAUAUACUAUUCGAUAUUUCAGUAAGGAUCAGCAAAUCUGUUGAAACUUGAAACAACAUAUUUGCCACCUGGGAAUAACACGGUGAAACACCUGUAACUAGCACUGAGGACUAGAGGAAUUACUGAAAGAAUACUUCAGACUGACGCACUAAAUGGAAAUACAACCUGCCUUUAUUUGCAUUAGUGUAAAACAGGAACACCCAGUCCUCAUUACCUCAGUCCUCAAACCACGGCUGGCAGGAUCAACCAGUCCUCAUUACCUCAGUCCUCAAACCACGGCUGGCAGGAUCAACCUGCAUUAACAGAUCAAGUAUGCUGGAGGCUGUUUGACUGGCAGCUAUGGGACCAAAAAGAGACUCUUUUCUGGAUGUUACCAUGGUGACGGCACUGUGCCUUCUGUGGGUCACUCAUGGUCAGAAGCCAGAGGUGCGUGCCAAGGUAGGGGGUGUGGUGGAGAUGGCGUGUAGACUGCCACCCCCGUCUGUGCCCCUGCACGUGGUGGAAUGGGUGCGCCAGGGAUUCGACAUCCCAGUCCUGAUGAAGUUUGGAGUGUAUGCUCCUCGGGUGCAUCCCAACUACGAGGGCCGUGUGUCUCUGGUGAGGAAUACUGUCUUGAGGGUGAAGGGGCUCCUCAUAGAGGACCAGGGCCUGUACGAGUGUCGCAUCCUCCUGCUGGACAAAACCACAGAUGAGACCCGCAAUGGCACCUGGACCCUGCUGUCUGUCACCGCUCCUCCUAUUUUCAGCAAGAUCCCUCCCCCUGUCAUGGAGGCUCUAGUGGGGAAUCCUCUCUCUCUGGCCUGCGUUGCCCAUGGUAACCCACCACCCACCAUAACCUGGGCUAAAGAUGGUACUCUCAUUGAAGGAGACAAGGUUGAGGUUCUGAGUGGGACGCUGUCUCUCAGAGCAGUGGACAGGGAGGCAGGAGGACAGUAUGAAUGUCUCGCCUCCAAUGCGGAGGGAAAUGUGACUCAUGUGACAAAACUUAAAGUCAAAGGUCCUCCAGUCAUUGUUAUCCCCCCGAAGGACACCUCCCUCAACAUGACCCAGGAUGCCCAGCUGCAGUGCCAGGCUUUGGCUGAUCCUCCCAACAUGACCUAUGUGUGGCAGAGAGAGGGAGAGAAUGUCUACCACAUAGAGGCUCUGAAGUCCCGCGUGAAGAUCAUGGUGGAUGGCACCCUGCUCAUCACCCGCAUUACCCCAGACGAUUCUGGGAACUAUACCUGCAUGCCCACCAACGGACUGCUGACUCCGCCUACUGCAUCUGCCAAUCUCACUGUGACACACCCUGCCCAGGCUCUCCUGAUGCCACCACAGACAUAUCUCCCCACAGGCCUGGGAGGUCUGGUCUCCUGCCCCGUGAGAGCUCAGCCACCCCUGCUCCGCGUCGACUGGACCAAGGAUGGACAGCCACUGGAUCUGGCCAUGUACCCAGGAUGGACGUUGACAUCUGAAGGCUCGGUGUUCAUGGCGACUGCCAAUGAUGAUGCAACAGGUGUAUACACGUGUACCCCCUACAACAGCUACGGGACCAUGGGCCAAUCAGGGCCCACGACAGUCAUCCUACAGGACCCCCCGUCACUCAGCGUGUGGCCCCGUAAGGAGUAUAGACAGGAGGUUGGGAGAAUGCUUGUUAUUCCCUGCCAGACCACUGGAGAUCCAGCCCCUAGUAUAACCUGGAGCAAGGUUGGACCUGCCACACGCUCUCAGUACUCUGUAGCAGCUAACGGCUCCCUGCUGCUGCUUCCUCUCAGUAAAGACCACCAGGGGGAGUGGAUGUGCAGCGUUACAAACCGCGUGGCCACUGUCAAAGCCAGCACUCUCAUCUCAGUGCUGGGCACCAGUCCCCAUGCUGCCACCCUGGUGUCUGUCACUCCAGGGGCGAAGCAGGCCAAUGUCUCCUGGGAACCCGGCUUUGAUGGGGGAUACACCCAGAAAUUCACAGUCUGGUUGAAGCAGAUGUCUGUUGGUGACGGUGGGGAGAAACAGGAGUGGCUCUCUGUGCCUGUGCCCUCCUCCUCUGGCUCCAGUCUGCAGGUGACGGGGCUGGUCCCUGCCACAGAGUACCAGUUCAGUGUCCUGCCACACAAUAAAGUUGGCACUGGGCCUUUCAGCGAAAUCGCCACCACCCGAACUCUGAAUCCACUCCCAAGGAGAGCGAAACUAGAGCCACCCACAUCGCUGUCUGCCAAUCAGAGCUUGGCAGGUAUAGUCCUGCAGUGGUCCCCCUAUUCUCAGUUCCUGCCCAUCACUGGAUUUGUCCUCCAAUCGCGCACUGAGCAAGGGGAGUGGUUCAAUCUGGACGAGGACAUCGGUGCCAAUAGGAGUGUGAUGAUCGUUCCAGGUCUGCGCAAGGACUGUGUGUACGAGCUGCGGCUGCUGUCCCGGCGAGGGGAGUUGCUGAGCGAGCCCAGUCCAUCAGUCAACGUCUCCACCAUGGGGAUGGAUAUGUACCCUGCCACUUCCCGCUUCCUGGAGUUUGUUCCCGAGCCGCUCUUGGCUGGAGUGAUGGGCGGCGUGGGCUUCCUGUGUUUGGCCCUCAUCCUGGUCCUGGGGACUGUGUGUAUCUUCAGUCACAAGAGAGACCAGCGACGCAGGAAGAUGACAGAUGAUCUCCCUCCUGCCAUCUAUAAAAGCCCCCCCUCAACCAGGUCGCUUGCUAGCAGUCCAGACAGUGUGCUGAAGCAGAAGCUCCUCCCUCCCCACUGCCACCCCCACUAUCCCGGUUCCCACUCCUCCUGCUCCUCCUCCCAGUCAGACCAAUCCUCCUUUGGCAGAGAUAGCCACAGUGAAUACAAGGACCAGCGCCAGAAGCUGCUCUCCUGCCCCCCACCUCCUCCUCACUAUGCCGCCCACCACCAUCACCACCUCCCCAGGAUAGGCUCUUCCCACAAUUCCCCUCUAGAGUUUAUCUCUAGAGGUCCAGACGGUCGCUUCAUUGAGCUGCCCUACGACCAGGCCUCCGCUCCCUCCUCCAACACCAUGAGAUCCCUGAGGAAAGACUUCCCACAAUCCACUGGGGUCCAGAGGUCAGUGUCCCUUCGCUCUGAGAAGAGGGUGGGGAGGGAGCCGCCUUUUGUCCUCUCAGUGGACCUACCCCCCUGUGGUGGAACUGACCCCAACCCCACGACCAGGGUCCGGGCCAUGGCCAAACACCUCUCCCUCCACGGACGCUUCUACCUGGAUGAGGAGAAGGACAGUUGUGCUGGACAUCCAGACAAGAGUAGUCUCUACUCAGACAGUAACUCAGACCUGUCCCCCCAGCCAAGCCUGGAGGAAAGCAAUCCAGGAUACCCAUCCCUAAAGCGGGCUGUCCAGCCAGCCACUGCCAGCACCCUGGUCCUGCAGAUGGAGCAUGAGAAGGAGACCGGCAACCUGAGCAGGUGUCUGAAGCUGGCCCGGGAGAGAGAGGAGCUGGAGAGAGAGCUACGGAAGUACACACUUGAUAGUAACGCUACUUUAGACGGGAAGAGAGGGGCACCAGGCAGCGACGAGGUGAGGUGGAGAGAGUUUGAAGAGUGCGAUCCAAUAUGGAAACCUCAGGACAACACUUCACCACACAGUCACCCCCAUCAUCUCAGUCACCCCCAUCAUCUCAGUCACCCCCAUCAUCUCAGUCACCCCCAGGUCAACAGGGGGUGCUCAAGCAUGGCCAAAGGCCCUUCACCCCCGUCCUAUAUUAUCUGGGAGGCCAGCCCUCUCACUUCAGCCACCAGCCUUGUCCCAGCACAUCAGAGCCCCUCUGAGAGGACAGCGGCCCUCCACUGUGACCCUUCACUCACUCAGUGUCCCUCUCUGUCACCUGUCACACAACACCCCUUCAGGUCAGAGAGACCAGAGUGUCACUCUAAGAAUAGGGUGAGCCAACAGCCACUAGACAGGCAGGAAGGGAUGGAGACUGCAAGGGUCAAGACACACACAGGGCUUUGUGAUGAAACUAACAUAUCAACAGAGCUGAAGAGAGGUGACUUGGAGUCACAUGAAUGGAACGGCAAGAGCAAUCAAUGUAAUGUCAGCAUUUCACACAAGUCUAAGCCAGAUGUCUCUGUCAACAAAGUGCCUGGUUCAUGGAGAGUGGAGUCAGCAAGGUCACAGCCAUGUGAAGAGUCAUCUCUACACACAUCGGUUGAUCUCUCAGAAUGUGUAGAAAUGACUGUGGAUGAACCAGAGGAUGAAGGCUCAGUGGAUCCUCCUACAAAUCCCAUAAGGCACCAGAGACAUGCCCAUCAGGUAAACAAUGAGUCCCCAUUGGCUGAGAAAGACCACAGAGGACCACAGACCACGAAAGGCCACAGAGCCCAUCCAUUGGCCCACAGGAAAAGCCCAGUGCCUAGGGAGGAGCGGGAGAAGUGGCACAGGAGGUCAUCUCGGAGCAGAAGCCCAGCUACCAUUCAGCCUCCUAGGCCGGCGCUCAGGAAGGCUAUCAGUCUCGGAGGCUUUCAGAACAGGAACGGCGGCAACCACCAACGCAGCCAGAGUCUAGACUCCAGGAGACAAUCCCUGGGUAACUUCCUGACGCCUGAUGCCUGGGUCGACUCUCUCAGCCAGGAGAACUGCUCCUCUCCCUUCUCCUUCCGCCCAGACUCUGUCUUCUUUGAACCCGCAAACUCCUUAGCUCCUGAGACCCCCACUCAGAUAGAGGCCCCCCUUGCUUCUCUGCCUCACCCUCUCCCCCAGGACACCCGACCUCCCAGCAGGGCCCCACAGCAGCUCUGUGAAGCAUAUGGGGGUGAUAUGCACAUCCAAAGCGUAAGAAGACCGGUGCUGGAGAGACAGACGCAGCUCCCCCCAACCCCUCCUUCAGUGCCUUCCAGCCCCAGUCAACCCCCCCACGACCCCAGGAAGAAGGCUUCCAUCUUCCCAGACGCCUACAGGUGGCCCAUCACCUACCAGGAGGCCCUGAGGUCAGUGCAGCGCAUGGAGGCCAGGAAGAAUGUAUCUCUCCCCAGGGACCACAGGGAGCACCCCAGACCCCCAGACUGUAGAGGCAGAACCACGGCUCCCUCCCUGCUCAGGGGUUACAGCUGGCCUGCACCUCACCAUACCCCUCAGCCACCCCAGGAGGAGGAGAAGAAGCAGGAGGAGGUAGUAGUGGAGGAGGAAAAGGAGGAGAGGUAUGGGGGACAUGAGGUAGAGAUUGGGAGGUAUCAUCGGGGAGUGCCAGACUUGGGGGGGAGCUACAGUAGCUAUGCCAGCCAGAGCAGUGGCAGGGGGAGUCUGGAGCCUCCAAACGGGCGAAUGUCCAUCUGCCUGUCCCCAACCCUCAGCAGCUCUCCUGAGUCCACCGAGGAGAUGCAGGGAAACACAGUGGAGUCACACCUACAGGACAUGGAGACAUUGAAAAGGAGAAAGGCCUCAGUGGAUGAGAAUUAUGAGUGGGAUUCAGCUGAUGUGUCCAUUCAGCUGGGAGAUCAAGACCUUGAAGGCAGAGGCCUGUUCUCCUCAGUUAGUCUACUGAAGUCUACUCCCAGCAUGCACCAUUCCAGGGAGGGCCUCAAAGAGUCGGUCCACUUCCAGGGUCAUCGCCAUGUGACCAGCCGCCACUCAGAACCCGAACCAGAGACUGUGAUGUUCUGACAGCCCCAUCCAUCGCCACGGUCAGCUCAGAGCUCUCAUCCCUGUUAUUGUGUGUCUGCACAAGAGCAUUGAUCUGUGUGAUUGGCUGUGUUUACCCAUGUCUCUCCCACCUUAUGUAUUUAGCUUUACUCUGUGGCUCUUAUUGUGUUGGUGUUCAUCUUUUUCUUAUCUCUUUGUGUGCAUCUGUCAGUCUUCUUCUCCUGUUGCUUUCUACUAAUAUCUCAGUGAAUGUUUGCUUUAUUUAUGCAGACUUCAAACAAGGAGGUGAAAAUAGUGUGCCUUCAUCGGCAAUUCAGCAUGGAUGUACGGUUGUCAAAACUCUCAUCCAUGGGAUAACACUGACUGACUGGACUGGUGGAUGCUCAGGGCUGAGUACAGUAUUGACUGGUGUUGUUCAGAGCUGUACCCACCAAAGAGGACUCUUACCACCGAUUCACACAACUUAGUGGUUACAUUGAUUUCUCUCUGCUACUUCUACGGGAUACUUGUACUAUGAAACUUGUUACCAAGUAAGUGAAAAGGCAGAUACGAUCUUGGGUCUUCCUUGCCCGUCGUCAUGGCACGGUGUGUGAAAAUACAUCAUUCAUACUCUUGGACUCACACGGAAGAACAAGUUGGAGGCUCUUUUUAUUGCUUUGAGAAAAAGCAAUCCACCACUUGGGCUGGCACUUUUUGUUCCACUGCUACAACACUUUCACUUUAUGAAAGAACUAUGACGUGUGAUUGAUUUUUCUGUGAGAUGGAGAGAGAGCUUUUUGAGAGGGCAGUAUGACAGGUCCUUAAAAUUAAGGAGGACUGAUGGAGAAUGUGCCGAAGAAGUAGGCUGCAUCAUGCCUUUUGUCACGUUGUUUUGUUCCUGGUCUAGUGUGACCGCUUCUGCAGAACAACUAUGAGCUCUGAGUAGACGAUCAAUAAUAUUACCCAGGAGGUUAACUCACUCGGGUUAAUCAGAUGUAGCUCUGUGAAGAAGGAUUGCUUUCUUUUCUACCCAUAUUCUCAAUAUGUAGCUAAUCGAAUCUCUCAUUACUCUCUAUUUUUAACCUCAUUGAUGUUGUGCAAUGUUUGAUCUGUCUAAUGAUUUCUUUUGUACCCAGAGUGCAGUAGUUUUUUUUUGUGCGUGACUGAGGAGGGUGAGCGCUUGGCUGGUAAUGAUCACCUGUUGCUGGGAUAAGCGAAGGCCGUUUUUUUCCACCAACCACGUGUAAAACAAAUGUUAUUAUCAUUGCGCAUUAUCCGGUGAGAUUUUUGUUGCCGUGUCUAAUUUGGAGAUGGAAACCUAAAUGGUAUUUUUUCAAUAAGUCAAUCUCUGAGUCAUCCUAGUCAGGGAUGGAGAUGGGAAUUUACAGCUUGUCUGAAGAGUUAAUUAUGCCCUAGAAUGCCUUCCAGCACAACGUCUGGUGAUAGAGGAGAGAAAGGAGGGACGCCGCCGCGGGUGUGAAUGCCUUUUGAGCUGUACACACUCUGUUAUCAGCUUACAACACCAGAUCACCCCACUUACCCUUCAUUUGAAUUCUAUCAAACAUUUGUACACAGAUAUGACUCCCAGAGAAAUGUCAGUUUGUCCACUUUGGGUUUUAUAUAUGUGGUAUGGCUCUCAAUAGCAAUACACUGCCAAUAUACAUGGAAUAUUCUCUCACACCGUUUGUUCCGAAUCCUCAGACUGAAUGCAAAUGCAGUUAGAUGAAUGACUAGCCUAAUCAUUACUGCUACUGUGCUUUUGUAAACAUGCAUUGUUAUCGUACAAGGAUAAAGGUGAACUAUUUUCAAGGUUUUUGUGCACGUUUGUACUUAAAAUAUACCCUUUUUUAUACAGAAAAUGAUUAAUUGUUUUGUAAGACUAGUGUAUUUCUUUGUAUAAUCUGUGUUUGGUUUGCUGAUGAUGCGCCGUACAAGGUAUCCUUAUAUAAACACAUUUUUCCAUAGAACUGAAAAAUAAAUACUUGUUUAUGCAUGUUUUGUUCAGUAA